GGGUGCUUACGCCAUGUAAAUACAUGAAUUCGCCUUGUGAAGAGGACAGUCUUGCGUAGCAAUUACUUUAUGGCUGUAGAGCAGACAUAAUGACCGCAAUAGUAUCAACAAUCAUUAAAAACAAGCUUGUGAGAGCAGAAUAUCUUCUAAGAUGCAUGGGUGUCAGCGGUACAUCGAUCUCUAAAUUAUCAACUAAAACACAACCUCAAAUACCGAAUGAAGCGAAAAAAGUAGAAAUAAAUCCACUACAACAUCCAGAUUACUUUGAGAUACACAAAUUAUUCACGAUAAAGGAUUUAUUCGAUGCUGGGGUGCAUUUUGGCCACAAGGAGGGAACCGUUAAGGAUGAAAUGAAAAUAUUUAUAUAUGGAUCGAGGCUAGGGCACUUAAUUAUUGAUUUGAAUCAGACAGCCGAGCAUUUGAGGGAGGCGUUGAAUUUCACGGCACAUAUUGCAUACAGAAGUGGCAUAAUAUUGUUUAUUUCAAGAAAUCCACAAUUUACUCAUUUGAUAGAGAAGACAGCAAUCGAAUGUGGAGAAUAUUCUCAUACGAGAAAGUGGAGCGGAGGUAUAUUAACUAACGCCGUGAAUGAGUUUGGAAUAGAAACCCGGCUACCCGAUCUCUGUAUAUUACUUAAUACUCUGACUGAUACUAGUAGUGAACACAAAGCCGUUAGUAGUGCUGCUAAAAUGUGCAUACCAACGAUAGGAAUCGUCGACACAAACUGCAAUCCUAAUUUAAUCACUUAUCCUGUACCGGGUAACGACGAUACCCAAUCUGCAGUCGAAUUGUACUGUAGAUUAUUUAAGCAAGCUAUUUUAUUAGGUAAAGAAGCUAGAGACAAUAAGAAUGUUAUGUGAACAAAUAAAUAGUGUUUAAUUACAAAAAAAAA